UACCAGUCACAAUAACAAAAGAAAUCUUUUUUAAGAAACAACAAAGAAAAUCUUGAGUUAAUGGAAUAUCAAAACAAAACCUGCCUUCAUAAAGAUUCGACGGAACCAACAUUCGACGUCGAAUGUGGAGGUCUCCAGCAGGAAGAUGAAACGAGGAAGGUUUAUGCAAACUCAAUGACGGCGCGUGAGAUGGAAUCUCUUGUUGCGAUCUGCGAUACUCUAAUACCUUCGCUCGACGCUUCUGAAGUAGGACACCUAGAUGACGGCGUCGCUGGAUAUUACUCCGCCUCCGCUUCUCAUACCGGAACCCCCGAUCGCGUGGCAAGGUUAAUGAGCAAGAGACUUCACCAUCCAAAAAAGUGGAUUUUAAGAAUAGGACUGUGGUCUCUCUCCACUUGGAUUGGAAGUCUUGUCUUGUGUGGUCGGAGAAGUUUCACCGGCGAGUAUCCUUACUUCCGAAGAUUCUGCCGUCUGUCGGAGAGACAGAGAGAAGAGAUAUUGCUCAACUGGGCUUCAAGCUAUUUCCUACUCCUUAGAAUGUUCUUUAGGUCCAUCAAACUUAUAACUGCCUUUGUCUUCUUUACUCAGGUGGAUGAAAAAGGAAAUAACCUGGCGUGGAAAGCAAUAGGAUACAAUGGACCCAGCGCUGACCAUAGUGUUCAUGAAGAACUAAAUGAGAGGACGACUAAAAAGAACAGACACGAUGAGAUCUUUGGACCACUUUACAAUGGCAUCAUCGAUCUCAAACCCUAGAGAAGCCGUGACAAAGAAGUUAACGGUCGCGGGUUCACCGUUUCAACUCACGAGAGGACUAAAAAUAGAUCAUCUAUUUCUGACCCAGUGAUGACAAUCCAGUGUGAUGCCGUGGUUGUUGGGUCAGGAUCCGGGGGAGGAGUGGUGGCUGGAAUGUUAGCCAAGGCGGGUUACAAAGUUUUGGUGGUGGAAAAAGGAAACUACUAUGCUAGAAGCAAUCUUUCUUUACGUGAAGGACAAGCACUCGAUGAGAUGUACUUAUCCGGUGGGUUAUUAGCGACUACUGACAUGAGUGUAGUGAUCCUCGCCGGGUCUACGGUCGGAGGCGGUUCAACGAUUAACUGGUCGGCCUCGAUCAAGACACCAGAACAUGUGAUGAAGGAAUGGUCAGAAAAGUCGGAACUAGAAAUGUUCGGAAGCCAUUUGUAUCGAGAGGCAAUGGAUGUUGUGUGUGAGAGAAUGGGUGUUCAAUGCGAGUUUUUAGAAGAAGGGUUUAAUAAUGAGAUCUAGAAGGGUUGUGAAGAAUUAGGGUUACCGGUGAAGAAUAUUCCGAGGAAUUCUCCAUCGGAUCAUUACUGUGGGUUUUGUUGCUUGGGAUGCAAGAGAGGUCAGAAACAGGGGACUUCAGAGACUUGGCUUGUAGAUUUAGUUGAAUCUGGCAAUGGUUUGAUCCUUCCAGGUUGUGAGGCGAAGAAAGUCUUGUACGACGGCAAAGGUUGGAAGAAGAGAAAGACAUCCACUGGAAUUGCGUUUGCGUUUGGGGAAGACGUUUAUGUAGUGGAGGCUAAAACAACUAUAGUGGCUUGCGGUGCGCUUAGAACGCCUCAUCUGUUGAAACGCAGCGGUUUGAAGAACGGUAACAUUGGGAGAAACCUUUGUUUGCAUCCGGUGGUUAUGGCUUGGGGAUGGUUCCCGGAGGAGGAGGAAUGGCCUGAGAAGAAAAAAAGGAGCUACGAAGGAGGGAUAAUGACCGCAAUGUCUAGCGUUGUGAACGCAGAAACGAAACGUUCUUAUGGCGAAACGGUGAUCCAGACACCUUCUCUUCAUCCAGGGUUGUACUCAGGGGUCAUUCCUUGGACAUCAAGCAAGGAGUUCAAAACCCGAAUGCUCAAAUUCUCAAGAACCGCACACGUUUUCACGCUUUUGAGAGAUAAAGGAACCGGAACAAUCAAGUCCAAGAGUUCUAUCGAGUACAACUUAAACAAUGAAGACGAAGAGAGUCUGAAGAAGGGUCUUGAGAGAGUCUUGAACAUUCUGACCGCGGCUGGAGCUGAGGAGAUUGGGACACAUAACUCAGAAGGGAAGAGUUUGAACGUUAGAACAGCGAGUGCGGUAGAGAUUGAGCGGUUUGUGAGAGAAGAGAGUUCAAAGAGCUUGAAGGAUUUGUCAGGACAGAUGUGUUCAGCUCACCAAAUGGGAAGUUGUAGGAUGGGAGUUAGACCAGAAGAAUCUGCGGUGAGGCCAACGGGAGAGACUUGGGAGGUCGAAGGCUUAUUUGUGGCGGACACAAGUUUUCCGACGGCUUUAGGAGUUAAUCCGAUGGUCACCGUUCAGUCUAUUGCUUAUUGUAUUGGCCUUAAUGUUCUUGAUGCUCUUAAGAGGAAGAAAUAAAAACUAUAAAAUAUCUUUUUAACACUAAAUGUUUUAUAGAAAUUAUGAAAAUUAAUAUAUCAACGAAUGUACAGCCUAUUAUUAUGUUUAACAGUUUUACUUGAAUUAUGAUGAGAAUAUAUACCUACUUGUUUUAUU